CAGUGAAGAAAACCGAGUCAGCUCCAAGCCUUCGGGCCACCACCCGCUCUCACUCACUCGUUCAUUCAUUGGUAAUCACCUCCUCUUCUCCCUCUCUUUCUCUUGUAUUCCCACCUCUUCCCCAUCCAUCCAUCCAUCCAUCUAUCUCUCAACACUUCCCAUCGACCCACUCUCUCCUCUUGCACUCCCUCCCUGCCUCCACUGUAUACCCCCAGAGAAAGGAAUGUAAGCCCUUAACUUCCCCCAUCAUAGAACAGAGUAAUUAGAAUAGUGAACAAAACAAAACCAAACCAAACCAAACCAAAAUAGUCAACAGAAGCGAUCGAAGCUGGUGUAUGGAAUCGGGCCCCGACGCUCCCGGCGAAGGGGUAGAAGGCCCCUCGUCCGCCACGGUCACCACCGCCGGCGAGCCAACUUCACAAGCCACGGGGGAACAGCAGACUGGAGCUUCUCAACCUGCUCCAGCUCAGCCCCAAGCUCAACCACAGCAACAGCAGCUGAGUCGAUACGAGUCGCAGAAGAGAAGGGACUGGAAUACUUUUCUGCAGUACCUGAGGAACCACAAGCCACCGUUGACGCUGGCACGGUGCAGUGGAGCUCACGUUAUAGAGUUCUUGAAAUAUUUGGACCAGUUCGGGAAGACCAAAGUGCACUUGAGCGGGUGCACCUACUUCGGCCAACCCAACCCCCCGGCGCCCUGCGCCUGCCCCUUGAAGCAGGCCUGGGGCUCGCUCGACGCGCUCAUCGGCCGCCUCCGGGCCGCCUACGAGGAGAACGGCGGCCGGCCCGAGUCCAACCCCUUCGGCGCCCGGCCGGUCAGGAUGUAUCUCCGUGAAGUCAGAGAGAGCCAGGCCAAGGCCAGAGGGAUCCCCUACGAGAAGAAGAAGCGGAAGCGGGUGCCGCAGCCCACCGCCGGGGCGUCUUCCUCCGCCGCUGCUGGUGGAGGAGGUGCGGAGGGGUCGUCUGGAGGUGGAGGAGAGAGUUCUGCGUCUGCUGCUGCUUCUGCUGCAGCUGUUACUAGUGUGAGUGCUGGUGGGAGUAGUGGUGGGAGUAGUUCGGGGGCGGGGGAGGGAUCCGGUGCUCCGCCGCCUCCGCCGGUGGGUUCGGCCUCCACUGCCUGAGUAUAGAUUGCUCUCGUUUCCUUUCUAACUUUACUUGUUUGUUAUUGUUCUUAUUAUUAUUUGGUGGUUAAGGGGUAGGGAAAUAUAGUAGAUGCUAUUGGUGGCGAUUCUCUCUAUUUUUAUGAGGCUGAUGAAGGGGGAAAAAAAUCCCAAAACGAGUAAGUUCUCUGAUCUCUCUUCUCUAUCUAUCUAUCUAAUGGGGUGAACGGUGCUGACAGAUUA